AAUACAGCAAGGUACCUGGCUGCAUUCACGUUUUAUUCAUCUUAUACUCUUGCUAAGAAAUUGUUUGGAUCAGACUAGCUGAAGCAAAAAAACCAAGAAGAGAAAAGAGGUUAAAAUCUUUGAAUGGGAACCAUGAUCAGAAGUCCUUCCUCUUUGUUUUCUUUCCGCUUAUCAUCUCGUUCUUUCCUCAAAUCCACCGACUUUCAUCCUCCUUCACAUCUUCUUUGUCAGUUUUCCAACCAUAGCCUAAUCUCCUUAAAAACUAUCCCUCGCGUUGAUGUUCUGCUUUCGAAAAGAGCGAUGAAAUGCCUCUCCACUCUCUCAGCUUCACUUCACGAAAAUGGAUCCCGAGAUUUGACUUUUCAGGGAAGUGAGUUGUUCUUCAGGAGUGUUUUGAGUAGAAUGGAAGAAGUUUAUCUGAACAAAAACCCUACAGCCAAAGCCAUCUUGGAGCUCAUUCAAUCCGCCUAUGGCGAUCGGAUUUGCUAUGACCAUUUUGCAUUCAGGACCUUUGGGGUAAAUGGACAUGGAAUUGAUUCCAUAGCCAAAUUUUUCUUGGACUUUGGUUAUGUGAAACGGGAAGAGCUGAGGUUCCCUGCAAAGAAGUUGAAGGCUUUCUGGUUCUCUCCACCUAAAUUGUUGCAUUCUGAAGAUGGAACUCGUGUUAGUGGGCCCUUGCCAAGAAUUUUCAUAUCAGAACUUCUUGUUGAUCAAUUGAGUCCAGAAGCUCAGGAAAUAAUUAGAAAGUAUAUUAAUAUAUCAGGCAGUGGAUAUGGGCAUGCAGCUCUUGCAACUGUAUUGGAUUGCCUCACCUGGAAAAAGCCCUCGUUUUGUGAAUUUCAACUGUUGUCUCAUGAAAGUGAAUAUGCUGCUUGGACGCUUGUCAAUGGCUAUGCUUUGAAUCAUGUUACUAUAUCUACUCAUCACCUGAAAUCAAGCUUAAAUCAUAUUGGAAGUUUCAAUCGGUUCAUUGAAGAGAGCGGUUUUAAACUGAACUCUGAAGGCGGUAUAUUGAAAGUGAGCCGUGAUGGUCUUCUGCUACAAAGUUCAACAGUUGCUGAUUCUGCGCCUUUUCAGUUCUCGGAUGGGAAUACGGAAACAGUUGCAUGUUCAUACAUUGAAUUUGCUGAACGUCUUGUCUUGCCCGAAUACAAAGAUUUACCGGAGGAAGAUGUUAGGGAAUUUCACCGGCGUGAUGGCUUCGAGGUAGGAAAUGCCGACAAGAUAUUUGAGAGCACAUCCAAGGAUCAACUGAGGAGGAAGCUUUGACUUGACCGAGCUGGGUGUUCAAAUAAGUGUUCUAUGUUCUUGCAGCAAGCAGUUCCAGGAGAAAAGUGUAGCCCCCAGAUGUAUAUAACAAAAAUACAAGCUAAGAGACAAUUUUUAAUAAAUACGGAGUGUAUGUCACUUCUGUUUUAUAUGGGUAAAUGUCUUUUUUUAGUUCCC